AUGACGGGAGACGGCUCCGACUACGUUGGCUACCAGACGCUCACGCGCAGCGGCACGCUGUGUCAGGAGUGGGCCAUCGGCACGCCGCACUCACAGCCCUACCAGAACGCGUCGAGCUUCGCGGGUUCUCCCGGCAGCCUCGCAGAUGUCAGGAACUACUGUCGCAACCCGGCGGCCGCCAGCACGAUCUGGUGCUUCACGGUGGACACGGAGAAGGUGUGGGAGCUGUGCUCGCCGAUUGGGGUGCUCCAGCCCGAUUGCCCGAGCGGCUACGCGGUUUCGUCCGAGUCGAACCGAGAAGCAAUGAAGAUCGUUGCGUAUGUGCUCUGGACUUUCGCGGGCAUUUGGCUCCUCCUUGUGUGGUGUCUGCUUCAGAGGAUCAGACUCGCCAUCGCGACCAGCAAGGUUGCCGCCUUGUUCGUCAUGCACACGCCGGGCAUCGUGCUCGUGCCCGUGGUGCAGGUGGUCGUCGGCAUCUGCUGGUGCCUGAUCUGGUGCCUCUGCGCAUCCUUCCUCAUGUCUCAGGUUCCGGAGGACUUCGUUCCCACCUCCGUGUAUGCGACCUACAGGGAGGCGGCCGGCACAGCCGAUACGCCGGGGCCGUGCACUGGCACGUGGCCCGCCGGCUUCGUGUGGAAGGACGAGGAGAACGCUCUGUGCAGCUCGGGCCAGUCCGUGCCCAGGUGCUGGAGGUGCGGCCUGCCCCGCUACGUUCUCGGCUACAAAUUUGCGUUCGCCUUCUUCUCCUUCCUGUGGAACAGCGCCCUCGGCGUCGCGCUGGGCCAGUGCGUCGUGGCGUACUCCUGCGCGGUGUGGUACUUCCAGGAGCCGCAUGACAGGGGCGGUCCGAAGCAGAGCCAUGGUGUGCAGGCCGCAGUCCGGACCUGCCUGCGCUAUCACCUGGGCUCCUUGGCGUUAGGAUCCUUCCUCGUCGCCCUGGUGAAGUUUAUCAGAUACGUCCUGAUGUACCUGGAGAAGAAUGCGAAGGCUCAGAAAAAUAAGGUCAUGGUGAUGGUCUUCAAGUGCCUCCAGUGCUGCCUGUGGUGUUUUGAGAAGUGCAUGUAUUGUUUCUGA